GGGGGAGUGGAAACAGGUUUCUGGGCUUGCAGAAGCCACAUCCCGUCCCCACACAACCUAGGCCGGACCAGGUAUUUGUAGGUGAGGCUCCGGGGCUCCAGCUAACCUGAGCUACCUGGGCUGGGCUUUGUGCGGGGAGGCAGCAAGCGGGGUGAGCCGGAGACGACGCCGGCCUCUACGCAGUGCGGUGGUGAAGACGUCUCUUCCAGGGAGUCACAGGAAGCAAAUCCAUCCUCUUAAAGGGCUCGCGUCCCGCGGCCCUGAACCGGCGCGCUAGAGCAGUAAAGCGACGUUCUCCGAGGUUCAAGGCUCACGGCCCAGCCCUGUGAUCCAGUUUCCUCAGUCUUCGCGGUGUGCACCACUUAGGACGACUUGCGGCUUACGUCCCAGGACAAAGGGGGCUUGUCCUUUCCUCAACGUCCUACUGCGCAAAAACGAAGCCCUUAUCAGGCUGCCUGCCUUCCGGGAAAAGCUGCGCCCCCUCAGGAUCCUGUGCUCCGCGCGCCUACCGCCGCCCAUUCCCGGCGCGCACCUGGCAGUCCCCGGCUCGAGCCCCGCCCUGCCGCCAGCCAGAGUACUUGUGAUUUCACGUAUUUUUGCUGAACUCGUAAAAGAGACAUUUGGAUGGUGGAUUAACCAGAACACUAACAUUCUGUGAAAAGUUUCAAAUUGGAGAAUAUUGAAUUUUCACCCUAGUCCAGCAGCUCCGCUGCUCACUUAAAUACAGAUGAAUGAAGACCCCAUUCGGAAAGACACCUGGCCAGCGGUCCAGAGCUGAUGCAGUUUACAUAGUCAUAUUUCUUUACCUGCUGCAUCCCCAGACACGACUGUCAUAUCAAACUGAGCUUAUAAAAUCUGCAGAGCAACAAGGAGAGUAUCACCUUGGUGGACUCUCAGUGAAAUUUUCAAAGAAAGAAAGAUACGGCCAUGCUGGAGUAUCUGCCAACAUGAUGAAGAAGAGGACAUCCCACAAAAAACAUCGGAGCAGUGUGGGUCCGAGCAAACCUGUUUCCCAGCCCCGGCGGAACAUCGUAGGCUGCAGGAUUCAGCAUGGGUGGAAAGAGGGGAAUGGCCCUGUUACCCAGUGGAAAGGAACCGUUCUGGACCAGGUGCCUGUAAAUCCUUCUUUGUAUCUUAUAAAAUACGAUGGAUUUGACUGUGUUUAUGGACUAGAACUUAAUAAAGAUGAAAGAGUUUCUGCGCUUGAAGUCCUCCCUGAUAGAGUUGCAACAUCUCGAAUCAGCGAUGCACACUUGGCAGACACAAUGAUUGGCAAAGCAGUGGAACAUAUGUUUGAGACAGAGGAUGGUUCUAAAGAUGAGUGGAGGGGAAUGGUCUUAGCACGUGCACCUGUCAUGAACACAUGGUUUUACAUUACCUAUGAGAAAGACCCUGUCUUGUACAUGUACCAACUCUUAGACGAUUACAAAGAAGGCGACCUUCGCAUUAUGCCUGAUUCCAAUGAUUCACCUCCAGCAGAAAGGGAACCAGGAGAAGUUGUGGACAGCCUGGUAGGCAAACAAGUGGAAUAUGCCAAAGAAGAUGGCUCGAAAAGGACUGGCAUGGUCAUUCAUCAAGUAGAAGCCAAGCCCUCCGUCUAUUUCAUCAAGUUUGAUGAUGAUUUCCAUAUUUAUGUCUACGAUUUGGUGAAAACAUCCUAGAUGUCAUCACAAACUCUGCCAAAUUUGUGGAACUAUGAAAUGUAUUAUUUGUAGACAUAAAGACUUGAUUGCUUUCCAGUUUAAUGAAAGCUUAAAUGUCCCUGCGAACCCACAAUCUCUGCCAGCAGAACUGGUUUUGUUCUGAAUAGUACAGAUUGAUGUGAACACAAAGCAUUUUGUGUAAGGAGAACCCCUUUCUUUUAAAAGAAGUCUGUCUAUUUCAAGGGGAGUUACAGGCAAGUUUGGUAAAAGUUAAGCUAGUAUCAUAGUCAUUUAAAAUUGUAAUAGAUCUUAACCAUUUUCCCCCUCACCCUAACAUUCUUAUUCUGCCGCCACAAUGCAAGCAUAGUUUGAUGUUUUCGUUAUUGCCUUUUUUGAGAUAUAUGUAUCUGUAUCUACCUAUAUCUAUAUGUGUGUAUACAUAUAUAAUAUAUACACACAGAUACAUGUGUACACACACACACCACACACACCCCACUGGCAGUCUUUUCUUUGUGGAUUAGGAUGGGGGUGACAUAAUUUUCUUGAGUUUAACAGGAGUGCUUUACCCAAGUCAGUCAUGGUUAUGAUAUCACUGCUCUUUAUUUAAAAGUAAACUUUGGGCACAGGAAGCAUAUGGGAACAUUCAGCUUGUUUAAAAAAAAUCAGAAGUUCAGAGCACCUUUUCAAUCUGGAGCCCUUAAACCAUAAGUCCAAAUAUGAAUUACUUGUGAACAGUUAAUGACCCAUAUUAGAAUUUUACAAUCUGGUGAAAAAUCUGGGUAAAAGGCUACCUUUAAUUGUAAGCUUUGAUUUUUUUUUUUUUUUUUUUUUGGGUUACAUUUUAGUCAUAAAUUCUUUUUCGCAAAGCCCAGGUCCUUGUUCCACACAGUGUAAUGUAGGUGUAUUUUGGACAGCACAUACGGUCCAUUGUGUACAAAUCAGUAAUCUGGAUUUCAGUACAUGGAUUUAAAAGGCAACAAUCCAUCACUGGUUUGUGUGUUUUUGGUAAGUUUCUGGAAGAAUACAAUGCUUUUAUAUUGGAAGUAUGUUUUGAGUGGCAUUGUUGCCUUCUGACAAGCUCUCUGGGACUUUUAAAGUUUUAUUACUAUUAUUGCUAAUGUAUGAUUAUGGUCAGAAACUUUCAACCCACCCCUUCCCGCCUACCUCUGGCUUUUCCUCACAAAGAAUGUCUAGACAAAUAGCAGCUUAGUCUCCUGACACCUCUUGUGGGGUGCAUGUUCCUGCUCCAGGUGUGCUGUUCAUGUGGAUUCAUUCCAUUCAGUGGCCCCUUGGGGUUUGCAUGCCAGUGAAGCGUUACCAUAGAAGAGCCAGCCGUUUGUGUUCGCUUGGUGGGUGUAAGUAAUAGCAGCCCUUAGCCACGGAGUCUUUAUGUGGUUUAUUCCUGCAAGGUUGUUUUAAACUGAAAUAGAACUGCUAGUGUGAUUGGUUGAUCAGCAAAACAGCUGCUCUCAUUUUGUUUUGGAGGAACCCUGGUGGUUUGACAGCCAGGAGAAAGGCCAUAUGUGAAACCAGUCUCUUGUGGAGAUUGGAAAUCCUCCCUGAUACUUGGGCAGAGCCUAAACGUGCAUGCUUGUCACUUAAACACCAGAAGUUUGAAUCAGAGGUCCGAGUGACCUCUUUUGUGGCUGUUUUUGAUGGUUUCCAGGCCUCUUUAUGCAUGGUUUGCUUGAUGCCCAUUUUUUGUGCCUUGUGCUGUUGGAUGGUAACGACCACUCACCAUGUAAACACAGUACCUCAGUUUUCUGUCCACAGCUGCAGUCGCUCUGUCCCUCGUGCUUCACUGUGGGCAGCCAGGGACAAGCUUCUGAAAGCAGUGUGAUACCCAAGUCAUAGGUGCUUCUCGUGUGUGAACAGGUGUCAUUUUGCAGAUCUGUUAUGUGUUUUCCUGUUGACUCUUAAGAGUCCCUGCAUGUAAGUCUCAAAGCUGAGCCUGGCUCCUAGAGUCCAGACUGACAUUACAGCGCAAGAGUUUGCAAGUGUGUCCAGCAUGCACCGACUGUGCAGAACUUGGCUCGGUAACUUUGGGUGGAAAAAUAAAGUACAUUUUGAAGUAUCUUGAGGGUUGGGUCAAUUGAGACAUUUCUAGCAUUACUUAAUGACUUGCAUUGUGGUUUUUCUGCAAGCAACUUUAAUGACUUUUUUUAUACCACAUGGUCUCCCAGUUUCUAGAUGAAUGCAACAUGAUGAUGGUGAUGAUGACAAUGAGUUUAAUCAUUGUUCAUUUGUUGCCUUUAGGGCUGAGGGAAAGGGAAGGUUUGUUUUAUUUUCUCCCCAUUUUCCCCCAUUCUGUCUUUCUUUUGGUGGCUUACACCACAUGUAAUGACGCUAUGACUAAUUCUGCUCCCAAGCCCUUGUAUCUUGGGCUUCAUUUUAGGCUCAUGUGUCAGAUCUGCAUGCAUUGCUUGCAUUUUUCUGGUAUCUGAAUGUUGGUUCCUUGUUCCAGGAAUUCAACAUUAAUUUCCAAAAGUAUCAUGGGACUUGUGACAACACAAGACAUGAAUCUAUGUAUAAAAUUUAUCGGCCUUUCUCAUUUACCUGCUCUAGUAUUAUUGUAUUGUGUGUGCGUGCGUGUGUGAUGUCAGGCUGCCACGUAAAACUUCAGAGAAAAAUCUUAAAAGCAGACCAUCCUUUUUUGCAUGCUCUAUUCUAAGUAGAAUGUUCAAUGUAACUGACUAAAAUUGCAUGUUAAAGAUAUUUAGGUUUUUUUGUUUUCUUUAUUUUUAUUUGUUUUCAGUUUCCUGUAUAUUUGCUUACUGUGCCGUUUUAGUGGUUUUAGGAUAAAAAUGCACUGGUGAAGCAAAUGUAGUGCCAACAGAAGGUGAUUUUCCAGUUGUAAAUGUCAUGCAGCAUUUGAAGGGACUGUGUUUUCUUAAAAAAAAAAUCACAGUUACUUCUAAACCAGAUUUCAUUUCUUUUAUCGUUUUAUGUGCCAAACCACGAAGUGCAUUGGGCUUGAAUCUCUGAACACUGUAGACCCAUUAGAAGACUGUUCCGAUUGUCACAAAUUGUAGUGCCUGAAAACACUCUUAAGCUGAUUGUCUUAAAAAAAUGAAAGUUCUCCAAAGACAAAACAGGAACAAUUAUUAUAACAAAAUAAUUAUGGUUGAAAUGUCUGUGGUUCCUUGGAAAUGCUGCGCUCUUUGUGUUUUUCCAUCAUUAGUGCAGUUGGAAUGAAUGUGUAUAGGUCAGAGGUCUUCGUGUUCACAUUUUAAAAUUAGGUAAAUGACCUCAUCUUUCAAGCUUGAAUUCAUUUUUAAUUUUAAUUUUAUUUUAUACAAUGUGUAGACAGUUCCCUGUUCUCUGCAUUUAGAAGUAUACACAAUAUAAAUCUGUUAAUUCUGUAAGUAAUUUUUAUAAUUAUGAUGUAACUCUAUCUUAUCCUUAAAACAUUUAAAAUAAACCCUUUAUGUGCAA